AGCAAGAGCAGAAGAUUGAGAAGAUUGAGCUGUGUAGGCAUCCGUGGCGCGCUUGGGACUAUGGGAGAUGAGGCAAUAUGGCUGCCGCUUAUGAGAGAGACAGGAAGGCGCAAUAGAUCGUGGGAACUGCUGAGCUGCGCUGGGAGUAUCUGAGUGAUUCGCACUCUACUGGGACCGAGAUGGGGUCAGCGACGUCCACCUGAAAGCUGGAAAGAUUCUGAAGAAAAAGCAGUUGCAGUCUGAAGAUGAAGCCUGGGAAAGCAAAAGACAGUUACACACAGAGAGAUUUUGUGUACAACUUCCAAGCUGGACCUCAGAAAUUUGCACUCACGGUACCACUUCAGUUCCCGGUCCAAGAAAACCUUAAUCACCUGCAUGGACGCCUCAUGCUGCUUCACAACCUGCCCUGCUUUGUAGAGAAAGACCUAAAGCAAUGUCUGUGUCGCUUUGUGGAGGAAGAGACAGUCAAGGACUACGACAGAGAGGCUGAACUGGCCCUGGAAGCUGUGAGGUCACCUGAGGUGGAAGCAGAGAAAUUAGCCAAUACGUGGAUGAAAUCCUAUACAGAGACAACUUUGGAACAUGCACGACCCGAAGAGCCCAACUGGGAUGAAGACUUUGCCGACAUUUACCAUGAUCUGAUACAUUCCCCGGCUUCAGAGACCCUUCUAAACCUGGAGCACAAUUACUUUCUUAGCAUCUCAGAACUGCUGAGUGAAAGGGAUGUGGAGCUGAAGAAAUUAAGGGAGAGACAGGGCACAGAGAUGAACAAAGUGAUGCAGGAACUGGGCAAGUCUCUCACUGAUCAGGAUGUGAAUUCAGUAGCUGCUCAGCAUUUCGAAUCCCAACAGGUAUUAGAAAAUAAAUGGGGCACAGAGUUACAGCAAUUGUCUACCAUCCAAAAGCAAGAAUACCAGGAGUGGGUUAUCAAGUUACACCAUGAUCUGAAGAAUCCCAACAACAGUUCCAUAAGUGAAGAAAUCAAAUUCCAGCCCAACAGCCUACAGGAGAGUGCAGAUACCAGCCGGGAAGCGUAUGAAGAGCACAGGCAGCUGGAGGAAAGCUUUACAAUUCAUUUAGGGGCGCAGCUGAAGACCAUGCAUAACCUGAGGUUGAUGAGAGCCGACAUGCUGGACUUCUGCAAACACAAGCGCAAUCACCGCAGUGGGGUGAAGUUACACAGACUCCAAACUGCAAUGUCUCUGUAUUCAACGUCAUUGUGCGGCCUGGUCCUUUUGGUUGACAACCGCAUAAAUUCCUAUAGUGGCAUUAAAAGAGAUUUUUCCACCGUGUGCCAGGAAUGUACAGAUUUCCAGUUCCCUCAACUUCAGGAGCAGCUAGAAAUAGUUCAGCAAGUGCUUCUCUAUGCCCGGGCACAACGAGAGCAGAAGUCUAAGCAUCAGCAUGAUCUUUUUUUCGCAGACGCAACCAAUGGAAACCAAGGGCGUGGUGAUAAAGUCAAAGGUGUUGAGCGCAACCAAUCAAAUUUAUUACCAGGGGAAUUUUACGUGACUCGACAUUCCAAUCUCUCUGAGAUACACGUGGUGUUUCAUCUCUGCGUGGACGACAACGUCAGAAGUGGGAACAUCACGGCUCGGGAUCCGGCUAUAAUGGGACUCCGAAAUAUUCUGAAAGUCUGCUGUACCCAUGAUAUCACUACAAUUAAUAUCCCUUUGCUGUUGGUACAUGAAAUGUCUGAGGAAAUGACCAUACCGUGGUGUUCCAAGAGAGCUGAAUUGGUCUUCAAGUGUGUCAAAGGCUUCAUGAUGGAAAUGGUUUCAUGGGAUGGAGGUGUUUCAAGGACUGUGCAGUUUCUUGUUCCACAGAAUAUAUCUGAGGAGAUGUUUUAUCAGCUCAGCAACAUGCUGCCGCAGAUCUUCAGAGUCUCCUCAACGCUGACGUUGACCUCAAAACGUUGAUGACACCUAAAAAGAGGGGAUGAAAGCAAGAGUGAACUGAAGCAUUAUCCAUACCUGGUACAAUUUUGUGAUUGAGAGCCUCCGUGCUUAGGAAUUACAGAAAUCAAAAUAACUUUUGAUCUGUGUGACAAACUCAUGGCUUCACUUUCUGUGACCAGGAUCCUCCAUUCAGAUGGAAGGGAUGGAGAUUUAUACAGGACAUACAAUUUCCAUAAAUAACUUAAAGAACAUAUUCACAUAUUUCUAAACGGUGUAGACUGAAAAAAGGUUGUAAAUGAACUGCCCCAUUAUAAUAUGGGUGCGGAUAGAAAGUGGGAUGUGAAUAUAAGCAUCUUAAAAUGCUAAUUACCUAGA